AACAGGAAGAACCAACGCAAAAAGUAGGGCAAAUUUACCAUACAGAAGAGAAUGGUCGAGUGCAAACACACGAAGGUUUUCUUAUUCUCUACGUAAUUUAUUUGCAAUAUGUGAUUUACCAUCUGGAGGGAAAUUUUAUUGGUGUUUGCAGAAAGCAGAGACCGGAUUUUUCUUUUUUGGAAAAGCGAUUCUUUUUUUUCUCUCGUAGCGUUAACGCGCCGUGACGCGUUUUAUUUUAUGAUCCGGGUUUUACUCGGUGGGCUUGUUAGCUAACCCUGUCGGGAACAACAUUUCAGAGGAUUUAGUCGGAAAUUUUCGUUUUUUUUGUGUCGAAAGAUAACGUGAACCAUGGUCCAUAAAGAAAAACCAGUGGAUACUCAACAACUAGUUGUUGAAAGCAGCCCCAGCCCAGUCUCCGGAGAGCCCUGCGUGGAGGCCCCAGGCCCGGUGGAAGACUCCGGCGAGGUGGAGUCGACGGGUCACCGAAAAUUCAUCAGCGGUGUCGUGGAAGGCUUUUAUGGCCGCCCAUGGACAAUGGAACAGAGGAAAGAGCUGUUCAGAAGGCAGCAGAAAUGGGGUCUGAACACAUACCUUUAUGCACCAAAAGAUGACUACAAACACAGAAUGUUCUGGAGAGAGCUGUAUUCGGUGGAAGAAGCAGAACAACUCAUGACCUUAAUUGCUGCUGCAAAGGAGCAUGGAAUUGAGUUCAUUUAUGCCAUUUCUCCUGGGUUAGACAUCACCUUUUCUAACCAGAAAGAAGUUUCUGCUCUCAAGAGAAAACUCGAUCAGGUUACUCAUUUUGGCUGCAAGUCAUUUGCCUUACUUUUUGAUGACAUUGACCACAAUAUGUGCCCUGCUGAUAAAGAAGUCUUCAGCUCCUUUGCACAUGCUCAGGUUUCCAUCACCAAUGAAAUCUACCAGUACCUGGGAGAGCCUGAAACCUUCCUUUUUUGCCCCACAGAGUACUGUGGAACAUUCUGCUACCCAAAUGUCCCCCAGUCGCCCUACCUGCACACAGUGGGUGAGAAACUACUCCCCAGCAUAGAUGUGUUAUGGACAGGUCCCAAAGUGGUCUCCAAAGAUAUUCCUGUGGAGUCGAUUGAGGAGGUGUCGAAAAUCCUUAGACGGGCCCCAGUCAUCUGGGACAAUAUUCAUGCUAAUGAUUAUGACCAGAAGAGGCUCUUCUUGGGUCCAUAUAAGGGUCGCUCCACAGAGCUCAUUCCGAGACUGAAGGGAGUCCUCACCAACCCCAACUGCGAGUUUGAAACCAACUUUGUGGCCAUUCACACUCUAGCCACCUGGUACAAGUCAAAUAUGAACGGAGUUCGCAAAGAUGUGGUCAUGACUGACGGCGAGGAGAGCACCGUGUCCAUCCAGAUCAAGUUGGAGAAUGAAGGAAGUGAUGAGGAGCUGGAGACAGACGUGCUUUACAGCCCACAGAUCGCUCUAAAACUGGCUCUUACUGAGUGGCUUUCAGAGUUUCGUGUCCCUCACCAGUACAACAGUCGACAGGUUCCCCAGAGUGGUGCCAAAAGCACAACCAUCGAUGUGACAUCCAUGACAGCUCCAGCUCUUUGCUCAUCCACAUCGGUCACAUCUGUAUUUCAACAGCCCAUAAUGUCACCUGCAAUCCCCCCCCUUUGCUUGGACCCACUUCCACUCCCGAUUACAAAAGCCCCCCAAGAGGUGGAUGUUGAAAAGAAGGACUCGGAUGAGGAGCCAAUGGAGAUGGUUGUUGAGAAGCUGGACGAACCAGAGCCAGAAGUUGAUCCAGAGAGCAAACAUGCUGGUCCCAUCCUGAAUGACAAGAUGGCUGAAGACCUAAAGCCUAUGGACACUGACAAAGAGGGUCUUGUAGAGACCAAGUCCCCCGAAGAGUCAAUCCAGGAGGAUUCUGGGAGUGACAUCGCCCCCAUGCAGACAGACGAUCUGCUCAAACAGGAUGUAUUUGUGCCCGGACCCAACGAGAAGCCGCUGUUCAUCGCAGAGCCGCUCUCACUUGAUGACCUGUGCUUGCUGGCAGAGCUCUUCUACCUGCCUUAUGAACAUGGACCCAAAGCCAUGCAGAUGUUGAAGGAGUUCAACUGGCUAAGAGCCAACAGCAGUGUUGUCAGUGUGAACUGCAAAAGGAAGGAAAGCGAGAAGGUUUCUGAAUGGCAGUCGCGUGCACAGAAGUUUGAGGACAUGUGCUGCUCCGUCAUUGAGAUGUUUACCCGACUGUCGAACAUCGCCAACCGCACCAUCCUGUACGACCUCUACCCUUACAUUUGGGACAUCAAGAGCAUCAUUUCUAUGGUCAAGUCUUUUGUCCUGUGGUUAGAUGGAAGAAUCCACAGUACAAGUUUCUACUGCUAUUGGAUCGACAGUGGCCGAUGGUGUCGUAGUCAGUCCUCAGCACAGUUCCUUAGAGGAGACCAAGAGCCCUGGGCCUUUAGGGGAGGUCUAGCAGGAGAGUUCCAGAGAUUGUUGCCAAUAGAAGCGGCAAACGAUCUUUUCUACCAACCGCCACCAUCCCUGCCAACUUCCAAAAUUUACACUAUCAGGCCAUAUUAUCCCAAAGAUGAGACUGCAGUUUAUAAAAUCUGUAAGGAAAUGUACUGUGAAGGAAUGGAGGAUGAACUGUUCUCCCAGGAGGAUCCUGACCUCAUAGGAGACAGGUUGGUCGGAGGCCUGCUAACGCUGAGCUCAGACUACGGUUUCGUGCUGGAGGAUGAAGCUGGGAUUUGCGGUUAUGCCGUCGGCACAGUAGAUGUGAAGCCCUUCAUCAAGAAGUGCAAACUGAGCUGGCUUCCCUUCAUGCAGGAAAAAUACAACAAACCAGACUGUGAAAAAGAUCUCACCGAGGCUGAAAAGAUGAUGCUGAGUUUCCACGAGGAGGAGGAUGGUCUUCCAGACUCUUUUCUGUCCAACUUUCCUUCUCUCAUCAAAGUGGACAUUCACGCCAAAGUCACAGACCCCAGCGUGGCCAAGAGCAUGAUGGGAUGUUUACUGUCUUCACUUAAAGCUAACGGUUCUCGCGGAGCGUUUUGUAAGGUUCGUCAGACUGAUAAGAGAAUGUUGGACUUCUAUAGUAAGCUGGGAUGCUUCGAGGUGGCCAAAAUGGAAGGAUUUCCCAAAGACAUCAUCAUUAUGGGCCGGAGCCUUUGAGAACCCUUUUUGAUACUGAAGAGGGCGACACCCGAGUGUUCGCCUCAUUCGCAGACGAUACUUUACUCUACUUUGUUUGCCAUGUGAGCUUUCUCCACAUGUUCCUUUAAGGAUUUGUUUAACGAAGCACAUCUGUCGAGCACAGGUUCCCCAAGCCACCCUUGGAUGUUACAGCCCAUUUGGAUUCAAAGAGUUGCAGUCACUCCAUUGACAACAUAGACGUGGGCUCCUUAGGCAUUGCUUUAUUUCCCACGAGGUUGAUGUCUGCAGUGUUUCCACGACCGUUUGCUUAAGAUGCUCCAACACGUUCUUCCGUAGUUUUCCUUCAUCUACAGAAACAAAUACAGGAUACUGGUGGAACAUGAGCGUUUGCCGGCGGAAAAUGGAUCUGAGGGCAACGCUGAUCGGUUCUGAAUGUGCACUUGAGAUUUUGGACACUUCAAAGAACGCGUGCGGCUUACCACUAAAGGAAGGUAGAGGCUUAGGAGGUUCAUAGUUCUAGAUGUCUAGAAAGCAGUAAAAAUGUUCCAGGGGGUCUCAGUAUAAUUCCUCCAUUUUUAUGUUGUUUUUUUCGUUUUUUUUUUUUUUUUUGAAAAUAAUGCAGUUGCCUUUUUGGUUUGUGCCUUGUUUAAAAGUUGUUGAUCAUGUUUUAUUUUUCAGUAGAAUCUUCAAUCAGAUCUAAAAUAUUGCUUAGAAGUUUGCAACUGUAUUUUCUUCUGUGAAAAUGUGCACCACUGAACAUUAAAAAUGUUGGUCAGUUUUUUUUUUUUUUUGUUUUUUUUUUUAAAUUUACUUUGCCUUUAUUUCCUCUCAUCUUGUAGGACCAAAACAUUCUGAUCAAUAUUUUAGCUGUAUAUUGGCAACAGUUCAUGUAUUAAAGUUGUAAUCCCAAUCUCCCAGUAUCAAAACACUUUGAAGUUGAAGCCUCACUGGUAAAUUGCAGGAAACUCUCAAAUGAAUGUUCAGUUCUAGCGGUGCACGCAUUUAAUCCAUCAAAGGGAAAUUACACUCUGGCUUUUCAGCUGCACAGAUUUGGAGCCUUUUCCUUUAUUCCAGUCUGUCCAUUGAAGACUUUCUACUCCCUCGGUUCUCAUUUGCUUUUGUAAAUCCAUCAUUUAAGGUUGACGGCUGUCUUCUGUUAGUAUCCUACGGAUCAGUAGCUGCUCUUCGGUGGCCGUCUGUAAAUGUGAUGUUUUAAACUGUGCGUUCAUAAAGUGCAUGAGUUGUGUUGGAUCUGCUGUGAUGGCUCAUUAGAAUAUUACCACCUCGAGGAGCAUGCCACCUAUACAGCUAUGAUCAGGAACCUGUUGUGCUCAGACAGUCUGUCAGUCAGCGUGGAAUAGGUUUAAAUCUUUCAAAUCUGGCUUGCCUUCUGUUUGUAAACAGUCCUUUUUACUAACUCUCCAUCUACGCCGCUGUGCUGCCUGUCGGCAUCAAGUCUCUUAAGCGUCUAGUUAGUUCUUGUACAGUUUCCCAGUUAUAGGCGGUUUGAUUUUAGAGUUUGCCGAUGCUAGAGCUUUCUCUUCUGUCGACGACAAGAGGAAGGGCUCCAAAUGUACAUACAGCGUUUAGGGUUGGAGUCGUUGAAGUUUGAGUAAUUAUUGUAAACUUUCUAUGUAAGACGUAUAACAAAAAACAAUAAAUGAGAAAAAGUAAA